AUGUGUACAGCAAGCCCUCCUAUAUCUGAGGUAUUUCCCAACUACCCAGACCUUUUGCGGAAAGUUGCACUCAUCACCGGCAUCGGCCAAGUUGGACCCCAAGACAGUCCCUUCUGGGGAAACGAGGCCGCCACUGCCCGUCUCCUGGCUCGGAAUGGUGUAAAGAUCUUUGGCUGUGAUCUGAACGUCUUUGCUGCUGAGCGAACAAAACAACGUCUUCUCGAGGAAUUCCCUGACGCUGUCGUUGACGUCGUCGAGGCUGAUUUUAUGAAGCCCUCAGACGUCGAGACACUGACAUCAGCCGGCAGCCCGGCAACCAUGUCGGAGGAUAUCUGGAACCGUCAAAUCGACCUCAAUCUUACAUCGGUCUACCGCCUGUGUCAUCACUUUAUUCCCAUCAUGCAGAAGCAAGGCUCCGGCAAAAUCAUCAACAACGCCUCCAUCACGGCUAUGCGCUACAUCGCAAAACAUCAGAUCGCCUACGCAUCCGCCAAGGCUUCCGUCAUUCGAUUCACAAAGGCCAUCGGCGUCAUGCACGCAAAGGAAAACAUCCGAUAUAAUUGCGUUGUGCCCGGUCUCAUGUACACGCCACUCGUGGAUAACCUUGCACGAAGCAGCGACGUUGGGGACCAUGAGGCCGGAAAGAGGAUUCUGGACCAUAACUGUCCUAUGGGCUGGAUGGGGACAGGUGCUGAUCCCGUGGAGUUGCUUUGGAUGUUUGUGUCUCCGGCUUGA